AUAGCAUUAGCAACACUUUUUUCCAGGGUAAAUAAUGUGAAAGGCUUUAUCCUCUGCUGUAGACUUGUUGAAACUGCUACUCCGUUUCUCUUUGGCAUCAUUGCCUACACGUCUUGUGGAUUCACUGCCUCAGCUUUGUGGUGGACCUUUUUUUUCUCCCUCCAACUUGAAUUGACCACAAGUCCUAAAAUGCAGACACCGAGAACAUGGAUCGUGAUCGUUUGUCUGAGUGGCAUGUUUUUGUCAGGACUAAGCCUAAACUCCUCACAGGACACGGAUGCUCAAACUUAUUCUGAGACACCUGUAUUAAAAACGGCAGAUGAUUUUCCAGAAGAUAGAGUGGUGACCUUGUUGGAUCAACUGACAAACUCAACUGCAACCUCUGAUGCUGACGGCAAGAAUGAGCUUCACAGCAUGGAGGCAGAGGAGGAGAUGGAGGAGCUAAAGACUCUGCACGCCGGUAGAAGAAAGAGAAACGCCUGGUGGAGGAAGAAACUUGCAGCGCUCGUGGACCCCAAUACUUACAGAUUUGCAGGCAUCGGGCCACUGCUCAUGGGCUGGGGGAAGCAGGGGAAAGGAGAGCAGGGAUCCACCUCUCUCAUGGGCAUACUGAGUGAGCUUCACACUGAGAGGAGGAGGCUGAUGGAUCAAGAGAAAAAACAGGAGGAGGAGGAGGAAGAGGAAGAUGAUGAUGAUGAUGAUGACGAUGAUGAUGACGAUGAUGACGACGACGACGAUGAUGAUGAAGAAGAGGUUGCUUUACUUUUGUACAAUUUUCACUUUGAACUGUCUGUCAUGUAAUGCUUUACUGCAAUUUUCUGUCAGGAAGAGGAUGAGGAAAACGAGGA